AAGCUUUGAAGCGAGUUUGGGGAGCUCGGCAGCAUCAUGCUUAGACUUUUCAAAGAGACAAACUCCAUUUUCUUAUGAAUGGAAAGUGAAAACCCCUGUUCCGCUUAAAUUGGGUUCCUUCCUGUCCUGAGAAACACAGAGACCCCCAAAAGGAAAGCAGAGGAAGGGAAGCAGAGGAGAGAGAGAGAGAGACCCACACUCAGACCCCGCGAGAAGAGAUGACCAUGACCACCAUGCCAGAAAGUCUCAACAGCCCUGUGUCGGGCAAGGCGGUGUUUAUGGAGUUUGGGCCGCCCAACCAGCAAAUGUCUCCUUCUCCCAUGUCCCACGGGCACUACUCCAUGCACUGUUUACACUCGGCGGGCCAUUCGCAGCCCGAUGGCGCCUACAGCUCGGCCUCGUCCUUCUCCCGACCGCUGGGCUAUCCCUACGUCAACUCGGUCAGCAGCCACGCGUCCAGUCCCUACAUCAGUUCGGUGCAGUCCUACCCGGGCAGCACCAGCCUCGCCCAGAGUCGCCUAGAGGAUCCAGGGGCUGACUCUGAGAAGAGCACCGUGGUGGAAGGUGGUGAAGUGCGAUUUAAUGGCAAAGGGAAAAAGAUCCGAAAACCCAGGACGAUUUAUUCCAGUUUGCAGUUGCAGGCACUGAACCGGAGAUUCCAGCAAACUCAGUACCUAGCUCUGCCGGAGAGGGCGGAGCUCGCGGCCUCCUUGGGACUCACGCAGACUCAGGUCAAGAUCUGGUUCCAGAAUAAGCGUUCCAAGUUCAAGAAGCUGAUGAAGCAGGGCGGGGCGGCUCUGGAGGGUAGCGCACUGGCCAACGGCCGGGCCCUGUCUGCCGGCUCCCCACCAGUGCCGCCGGGCUGGAACCCCAACUCUUCAUCCGCGAAGGGCUCAGGCGGCAGCGCGGGCUCCUACAUCCCCAGCUACACGUCAUGGUACCCCUCAGCACACCAAGAAGCUAUGCAGCAACCCCAACUUAUGUGAGGUUGCCCGCCUGAACCAGCCCACCUCCUUCCUGUCUCCCCUGGCCCGGGCCCCUCCUGCCUCCAGGCCCAUCCAACCC